ACUGUUCGAGUCAUCAUCACACAUUUUCUCAUAAAAAAUCCGGCAUUUGUUGACAAUUAUGGAAAGUUUUAUCGAGCUUCAUCGUCCUCAGUUGCAAGGAAGUGGCGUGCCGCCGCAUUAUUGGCCUGUUUUAUACGAAAAAAUCGCCAAUCAGACUUUCGAUGCCGGUUUAGCAUUUCAAUUGUUGCAAGUUGACUACGGCGACGAUGGUCCAUCGGAAGAAGACCCCGUUUAUGCUGUUGCCACAACGAAACCCAUCUCCUUAGAUGACUCCAAUGCCAUUUUCCUGAUCGAUCACGCAUGGACUUUCCGUCUCGACAUGGCAAAAAAGCAACUUGAGACAGUUCCCGGCUUGCUGGAUCGCAUGUCGGGCAUCAUGGGUGUCAAUACGGAAGAAAAUGACCAAGAAACCUCGAUCGAAAAGGUUUUAAAUGCCAUGUGGCGCUACGUUCAAACGUAUUCCGUAAACGCCAGCGGUCUCGCCGUCGAAAAUCGCAUGCCAAUCUGGUACAUUGUCGACGAAGUUGGUUCAGCGGUGCAUCAUUCUGACACUCCCAACUUCCGAAUGGUCCCUUUCAUGCACGUAGACGAGCAAAUAACGUACAGUUUGUUAUUCCCGAUCAAAGAUAUCGACGAAGGUGAUCUCGUGACGCGAGAUUUUGUCGAAGGUGUGACUGUCAAAGAGCACCGCGACGCCCUCUUACUUCCGUGGCGCUUCACAGACUUCGAAAGUCACUCUUUUGAGUUCAAGGAACCUCCUGUGGAGUAUUUUUUGCAUGGACACAUCGAGGAAACACUUCCAGGGGAAGAUGUUGCUCAACCAAAAAUCGAUCCAAACCGUCCUUUACGCGUUUUUGCCGAAUAUGACAUGGUUAAGGAGCAUUUGACAGAUCCCGCCUUCGAAAUUGUCGAAAACGAAGAAACCGCGGAUAUUCUUUGGUACACGAAACACUUCAAGGGAUUUAAAGAACUGAGUGAAACGAUGCCAGAUCGCUUUGUGAACCAAUUUCCGUUCGAAAAUGUCCUUACAAUCAAAGAUUUACUGUCAAUUGUCGCUCGUAGGGCUUCCGAAAAACACUUUGACCUUGAAACUCUUGAAGGUCAUCCAAAAUGGCUGCCAGUGACAUUCAAUUUGCGCACGGAAAUCGUCGAAUUUGCGGCUUAUUAUCAAAAUCGCGCGGCAAAAGAGCUCGACAAUCACUGGAUUGUGAAGCCUUUCAACCUGGCACGUGGCUUAGAUACCCACAUAACCUCAAAUAUCGCCCAAAUCAUGCGUCAUUCCGAAACGGGACCGAAAAUCGCGCAGAAAUACAUCGAAAAGCCAGUUCUUUUUCACCGCCCAGAGGUUGAGGGAAAGGUAAAGUUCGAUAUUCGGUAUGUGGUGAUGUUAAAAGAGGCGGGGGCAGCACCAGAAGUGUACAUGUACAACAAUUUCUUCCUGAGAUUCGCUAAUAAACCUUAUGAACUCAACGACUUCGAUGUUUAUGAGAAACAUUUUACGGUCAUGAACUAUGUCGAACACGCGAAUUUGCAUCAUUUGAAGUGCGAGGACUUUUUAAUUGAAUGGGCGAAGCAAUAUCCGGACCAUCCGUGGCAGGAAAUCGAAGAUCAAAUCGCUCAGGUGUUUAAGGAAUUGUUUGAAGCGGCUUGUAAAAAGCCUCCGCCAUGCGGAAUUGCGAAAUCGCCACAGUCGAGAGGUGUUUAUGCGGCAGAUUUGAUGCUCGGGUGGGAAGGAGACAAGAUGCAAGUUAAGUUAUUGGAGAUGAACUACACGCCGGACUGCCAACGAGCGUGUCAGUACUACGAAAACUUCUUCAAUGACAUCUUUAAACUUCUUUUCUUGAACGAAUUUAACGAUUUGGUCUUCCGACGAGUCAAUUAAUCCCCAGAAAUUCAAGAAAAAAUUAUUUUUUGACUAAAUUUUGGAUUUUUUCUAAUUAAUUUCUAUUAAAAAAUUAAAAAUUUCUAUUUUUUCACGUA